AAAUUAAUGGACGACCUUGUACAGAAGCAAAUUUUCGGGGUCGUACGUAACUACCAUUAUGUCAUUGAAUUUCAGAAGAAGGGCCUACCACAUGCCCAUAGCCCCUUUACUAUGCACCCGAAUGACAAGAUUAUCGACGUUCCAGCCGUAGAUCAUAUAAUUUAUGCAUAUAUUCCAGACAUUUAUACACAACCGAACGUAUAUAGAUUGGUCAAGGACUUUUACAUACAUACAACGUGUGGAAGGCUAAAUCCUGAUGCUUUAUGCAUGCAGGAUAACAAGUGCAAGAAGUAUUAUCCAUAAGCGUAUAAACAACAUACGACGUUACACGCAGGAGAUAACAAACGGCCAAAGUACAAACGACCAAACGAUGGACGGACGAUCUAUUUGAAAGAAUAUUGCCAGC